CGAUAGGGUUCACAUCUUUCGAUCGCAAAGGAACACACAAAAGCAGAUUUUCAGAUUAAUUAACGUUAAAAUCUCCUAUCAACAUGGCGGCCAUCCUCUCCCGGCCUGAAGUGACAAGAUUAAUUACGAGAGAUCUGCCACCAGCUCACUACACAUUCAAGAUUGAAUCAUUCUCAAAAAUCAUAAAGAUAUUUCCAGGGGACAAAGAGCCCAAGUAUGACUCAGAGGUUUUCGAAAUUGGUGGCUAUAAAUGGAAAUUAUCUUUCUACCCAAGUGGAAGAAAAGAAUGCGACGGCGAUGGAUAUAUUUCACUCUACUUGGUGAUUGAAGAUACAGAUUCUUUACCUCUUGGUUGGGAGGUUAAUGCAAUGUUCAAAUUGUUUGUGUUGGAUCAGAUUCGGGGCGAGUACUCUACCCUCCAAGAUGAUCAUAAUGGGAAAAUAAGGCGUUUUCAUGCAAUGAAAACUGAAUGGGGAUUUGCUCAAUUUCUCCGCCUUAAUAUGUUUGACUAUGCCCGAAAUGGAUUCCUUCUUGAUGACUCCUGCGUAUUUGGUGCUGAGGUUUUUGUCAUAAAAUGUACUGGUAAGGGGGAGCGUAUGUCCAUUUUGAGUUCUCCAAUCACAGGUUACUGCCGUUGGGACAUUGGAAGGUUUUCAGCAAUAAAUGUGGAAUCUUUGUCAAAAGAGUUCAGAGUUGGGGAACGUAAAUGGGAGUUGAAGCUAUAUCCGAGAGCAGUUUCAACUGACGAUGGUGAAAGCUAUAUCAAGUUGUUUUUAUCAUUGUCUGAUUGGGAAACUCCUCCCCCAAAAGGAAAAUUGUAUGCUGAAUAUACUCUACGUGUAAGGGACCGAAGGGUGGAUGGAGAACAUGUGGAAGUAACAGAUUGUAAUUGGUUUUCUACCUCAACAAGGGGAUAUAAUAUCUGUGGUCAAGAAAUUUUAAUGAAAAAGAAGAUGAAGUAGGCUACAGCUUUAAUGGUUGAACUUGUACUGAUACAUAGAAAAACUACUCUACAUGACAUGAUGUAUAUCAAGGGCUUUAGUAACAUUCAAGUCGUAACUUGUAGCCUCGGGGCUUGUAUUAAUUAUUUUAUUCUUGCAUUUGGCUUCAAAUUCAUUAAAGAAUAUGUAUU